AUGAUGAAGACUUCGAUUUCCUCCGAUGUAUGGGAGAAGAAGAAGGCGUUGAUCUCCAAGUUGUAUAUGGAAGAGGAAUGGCCCUUGAAGCAGGUCAUUAAGCAGAUACGUACCGAUGAUUUCAAUCCUAGUGAAACCCAACUACGAAGCAGACUGAAGAAAUGGCGUGUAACCAAACCAUCCCGCCAGACUCGAAAGAAGAGUCUGGCUUCGGCCUCUGGAGAAGAACCAGACGCAGACAAGGAUGUGCACAAAGCAUCCAUCCAAAGACCACUGCCAUCAUUACCGACAAAAGAGACACUGACACCUCACCAUGAAUGGCCCAUGAUACAACCCAUCUAUGGACAAGCGUCCAUUACCCAUCACCCAGUCCCAGAGCAGGAGCGAAAAUGGAGCUCUCCCAUGAUCCAACGACUCACCCCGAGCCCUUCCGACGAGCACAUCCUCGUCCCAGGCCGCACAAAAGCCGUCUCUUACCCAGAUACUAGCCCAACAACAAAAUCAUUCGACCACACCUCCCCAGUGGGCGAGGGUCUCAUGGUGAACACAACCUCCGCCAUAGUUCCAUCUUACCCAGCCUACCCACUCUCACCCGAAUCGUGCCUGCCAAGCCCAGGCACGACAACGACCCCCGGCGGUAUUGGCUGGUCGCCCCGCGCUGUCUCAGUAGACUACGGCCUCAACCCAGCUCAGUGGUACUCCCUGCCCUUUGAAGCCAUCACCCCCCCAGCCGCCACCCCCCAGUCCACGGCUGCUCCCAUGGCGCCUUCAAUCAACGGCUACCUCCCCCAAGCCCAGCUCUAUCAUUCCCACUACCAACAACACUAUAGCGAAGCACCGGAGUACCCCAACUGCUAUGAUGCCAAGAACUGGAAGCGCGCUAUGUCAUUACAGUAUGAUAUGGCCGGUCAUCUGGCUGCCCGGCCCGAGCAUGAUAUGAAGCAGAUGCUCCCGCAUACACAGCCUCAUGAACAGUCGCAUACUAUGGCGUCACCCUCACAUGCUCAGUCCGGUGGGCCUCAUUCGGUGAUGUGUGCUCCCAUCAUGUCUUAUAUGGGCCAUGACCAUCAUGUGCAGAAGCCUCCAGGCAUUGGAUAUUAG